AUGGAAAAUAGCGCUUACGGUCCGUCUCCGAUACCGACUCAGCAUCCGGCGGCGGCACUGGUGGCCUUUUCGCAGGCCAGUAGUCUGAGCGAGGCCCUAAGGUUGUCGCGACCCUUUCCCCAGAAUUCAGAUGGCAAGGAUUUAAAUAAUCCAUUUUCAACUGUGAAUCUGGGUGGAUUACGUCCGUCGGAGGUGGGUGCCGCCGCCGCCGCUGCAGCAGCCGCCGCCGCAGCCGCCGCCCAUCAUCACGGGCUGACGUGGCCGUUUCUGCACUUGCAGAAUCCGUUUUUCCAUCACGUUCCGUCGCUCGAUCCGAGAUUGCCGUUCGGCACGGGCGCCUUCCGGCCACUGACGCCGGGCGAAGAGCUUCAGAAUUUGAAGUCUUCGUCAUCGUCGUCCUCGUCCUCGUCGUUUCAUCCUGGAGGAGGAGGCGGCAGCAGCGCAGCGGCCGCUUUUGCUGCCGCCGGCUUGACGUCUCCGCACCAUCAGCCACAACAGAAAGGCCAUCACCAUUCCGGAAGUGGCACUGGUGGCAACGGUGGCGGCAAGAUUGAGAGUUUGCCGUUUAACUUGAGCCGCUACAAUCCGCUGUUCAAUUCCAUCUCCAUGGAGACGUCGAUGGCGGCCGGUCGGCUCGUCUUCAACAACGGUCAGAGGGUCAUUCAAGGUCAGCCGGAAUCGCCCUCUAAUCAUCAUCAUCAUCACAACAAUAGUGGAGCGGCGGCAGCUGCUGCCGCCGCGUCGGCCAUGUCUCCGACCAUGGCGUCGGCCGGUUGUGCCGAUUCAUCGUCUCAUCCGUCAUCGGCCGCUUCGUCUUCCAGCGCCCAUAACAACAACAAUGAUGGCCGCGAGACUGCUGGGACGCCCCUCUCUGACGCAGCUACAGAACGUUCCACUCCCGAUGACAUCCGCACAUCACGACGCCGGAAGAAGUCUCCGCUGGAUCCGUCGUGCUGUCCAGUUUGCGGCAUCACGCUGCGAUCGUCCGAUUUGGAAGUCCACUUCGUUCAGGAAUUGGAACGUCUUGAACGCGUUUCACGCACAUUUCGUUCAUCGUCGCAUCAUCACCACGCAUCCGGCGCCAGUGGGAGCAGCGUCAGCCCGUCCGGCAUGUCUGCGCCAGCCGCCACGUCCCAAGUUCAAAAACGUGAACAGGAUACUCGCUGGGAGACGUUUCAUCGCAUUCGAAUUAACCGAACGAAUCGAGUCAGAGCCAAAGCCCGUAAGCGUAGAGCCGAUGAACGUGAAGAUACUCCCGAAAACGGUCAUCACCAUCUGCAACACGGCGCCAGUGGAAUAGCCGGAUGUUCCAGCACUCCGUGUCCCAUUUGCGGGCAGAGAAUGUACGGAUCAGCUGAAGAACUCAAUCAGCACGUGGUCCAAUGUCUGAGACGGAAUGGAGAAGAAGCCGAUGACGAUGAGCCGUUGGAUGUCGAAGGCGACAGCUAUGAAGAGUAUGAAUGGGCCGGACAGCGACGCGUCAGGGCCAGUACUCUGCUAGAAGGAGGCUUUGGAGGUGUCGGUAUGCACAUUUCGAAAGCCGGCGACGAGGAAACGGAAGAUGUGGUGGUCGACGGUGACGAUACGGCCGCCUUCGGUCAGCCACAGUUCAAUGAGAACGACAUCCAAUCAGCCGCAGCUGAGCAUUCCUCCCAAGAAGAAGGUUUAGUCAAAUGCGAGCGGGAUGCACAGAUGACCACGUACAAGGAGACUGAUUCGAAAGAUCACAUUAUCAACGCUUUGAAGAAUCGCGUUUGUGAUUUGGAAGAGAUGAACAAAGAGGCCAAACAGAAGAAUCGUUGCCUCAUUUGUUUGGGCGAUUAUCGGCAGCCAGUAGUGUCGACAUCGUGCUGGCAUGUUCAUUGCGAAGAGUGUUGGCUUCAAGCAUUGGGUAACAAGAAGCUGUGCCCCCAAUGCAACUUGAUUACCUCGCCGACUCACCUCAGACGAAUUUACAUGUGAAUUAUCCCCCUCCCCUUUUUUUGUGAUGUCAUCGUAAUGUUUUUGGUUUCUCAAAGUCACUGAAUUUCUGAAUUCAACGUUAACUCUUCUGAUUUUUUCUUUCUUUUCACGAUAAACGUUUUUUUUUUUUUUUCUCCAUUCAAUAAAAUUACAGUCCCUGAUUUUUUCUCUUCUGUAUGGUUACGUUCCCCUCCAACCGUUUCUCGGUGUUGUUUAGCGCGUCCUCUAUGUUGUAAAUAUAGCAGGCUUCUUGCAUCUUGCAAUGCUUUUCCCAAUUGUUUUCUGUCCCCAAUUCAUUUCAGUGCCAGGUAGAACAUGUUUUAGUCUACCUUUCAGUUGGUUGGUUUAUUGUAUACACAAAGCAUCAUCUACAGUUA